AUGCAGGCCAGUGAUAGAUUUAACAUCAAUUCACAGUUGGAGCAUCUGCAGGCCAAAUAUGUUGGGACUGGCCACGCUGAUUUAAACAGAUUCGAGUGGGCAGUGAAUAUUCAACGUGACAGCUAUGCAUCAUAUAUUGGUCACUACCCUAUGCUUGCUUAUUUUGCUUUAGCUGAAAAUGAGUCUAUUGGAAGGGAACGCUACAAUUUUAUGCAGAAAAUGCUUUUGCCUUGUGGUCUACCCCCAGAAAGAGAAGAUGAUUGA